GUUGGGACGUUCCUUAAUUAAAAUGUUUUGAUCAGCGUCCUUAGGAGGCACGUGGCUUGUUCUGGAGCGUUGAUGAGAAACAUUUUGGGCAAAAGAGAUCAAAGGCCGAGAUUGGUCUGUUCUCUCUCUUCGUUGUGUUCGGUCUGUUCUCUCUCUCGAGGCGAUUCUUCUGCGCUUCUCUCUCCGUCGCGUUCUCUCUCGAUGGCGCUUCCUUUGGCGUGUCUCUCCACCGGUGUUUACUCUCGAUGGCGCUUCCACCGGCGUCUCUCUCCGUUCCUGUCGACGGUGAAUUCGUUUGGUGUCUCUCCUUCGUCGCGUUCUCUGUCCACGGCGGUUCCAAAGCACCACGGCCGAUUCGAAGAAGCUAUAGCCAGCCCUCUCAAUCUGAGGACUUUGGAGGGGAUGGGGAGGACAGUGGGUACAGCGAAAUAGAAGCUCUGAUUCAAAUGAACCAGGCUGAGUUAAGCAACAUCAAUGGUGAGGAACUUUUCAGGUACAUGGAGGGUGAGGAGCAAGUGUACCCGCCGCAACCGGAGGUGGAGUUCGGAUUUCCUCAAAUAUGCUAUUGUGGUAGUCAACCGCAGAUCGCAACAUGUUACAGGAGAACCGAUCCAGGUAGAAGAUUCUACACAUGUCGUAAUAAGGAUGAUGGCGACUGCCAUGUGUGGAAGUGGUGGGCUGACGCUGUUAUGGAGGAGAUGAGAGCACUAGCUGGAGAAACACUUCAGUUAACUCAAAAGGUUGAUUCUCUUAACUUCUCGAGUGACCAUGAGACUGAGGAGAAGCUUCUUAGGAUAGAGAAAAUGGUUGAGGAGUUGGCGCAUAAAAAUUCAGGCAUUAGCUUUGAAACAUUUGUUGCGGUUAUGGUUAUUGUCUUUAUUUUCCUAGGUAUCGGGCUGUUGUUUAUCUGAAUGGGGAUGUUGUUCUGAAUGGGGAUGUUGUUUUAAUUAUGUGUAAUGACUAACUCUCUGUAUUGUGUUUCUGUAAUGACCUUUAUGAUAGUGUUAUGUUUUAAGUGUUUA